GGGGCGGGGCUAACGCGACAGGAAGUCCUUCGCGAAGACGGAUGUGUAGCAGAAGGACCUGUAGUGGCCGACCAGUGGAUCCCUGUCUAUCCUUUUCCUCUAUUCCGGUUCUAACUACAAACCCUCCCCAUUUUGGUGAGACAGGGGCGGCGAGUCUCUUAUCGCCGCCAUGCACGACGCUUUCGAACCGGUGCCGAUCCUAGAGAAGCUACCUCUGCAAAUCGACUGCCUGGCUGCUUGGGAAGAAUGGCUUCUUGUUGGAACCAAACAAGGACAUCUCCUUCUCUAUAGGAUUCGGAAGGAUGUUGGUUGCAACAGAUUUGAGGUAACUCUAGAGAAAUCCAAUAAGAAUUUUUCCAAGAAGAUUCAACAGAUCCAUGUGGUUUCCCAGUUCAAGAUUCUGGUCAGCUUGUUAGAAAACAACAUUUAUGUCCAUGAUCUCUUGACGUUUCAACAAAUCACUAUAGUCUCAAAGGCAAAGGGAGCAUCGCUGUUCACCUGUGACCUCCACCACACAGAGACUGGCGAGGAGGUGUUGCGGAUGUGUGUGGCAGUAAAAAAGAAACUGCAGCUCUAUUUCUGGAAGGACAGGGAGUUUCAUGAAUUGCAGGGGGACUUUAGUGUACCAGAUGUGCCCAAGUCUAUGGCCUGGUGUGAAAAUUCCAUCUGUGUGGGUUUCAAGAGAGACUACUACCUAAUCAGGGUGGAUGGAAAGGGGUCUAUCAAAGAGCUCUUCCCAACAGGAAAACAGCUGGAACCUUUAGUCGCACCUCUGGCAGAUGGGAAAGUGGCUGUGGGUCAGGAUGAUCUCACCGUGGUACUCAAUGAAGAGGGAAUCUGCACCCAGAAGUGUGCCCUGAACUGGACAGACAUCCCGGUGGCCAUGGAGCACCAGCCCCCCUACAUCAUCGCAGUGUUGCCUCGAUACGUGGAGAUCCGCACAUUUGAGCCAAGGCUUCUGGUCCAGAGCAUUGAACUGCAAAGGCCUCGUUUCAUUACCUCUGGGGGAUCAAACAUUAUCUAUGUGGCCAGCAAUCAUUUUGUUUGGAGACUCAUUCCUGUCCCUAUGGCAACCCAGAUCCAACAGCUUCUCCAGGAUAAACAGUUUGAAUUGGCCUUGCAACUCGCAGAAAUGAAAGAUUAUUCUGACAGUGAGAAGCAGCAGCAAAUCCAUCACAUCAAGAACUUGUACGCCUUCAACCUCUUCUGCCAAAAGCGCUUUGACGAAUCCAUGCAGGUUUUUGCUAAGCUUGGCACAGAUCCCACCCACGUGAUGGGCCUGUACCCUGACCUGCUGCCCACAGACUACAGAAAGCAGCUUCAGUACCCUAAUCCGCUGCCUGUGCUCUCAGGGGCUGAGCUGGAGAAGGCCCACUUAGCGUUGAUCGACUACCUGACGCAGAAACGAAGUCAGUUGGUGAAGAAGCUGAACGACUCUGACCACCAGUCCAGCACCUCCCCGCUCAUGGAAGGCACGCCCACCAUCAAGUCCAAGAAGAAGCUGUUGCAGAUCAUCGACACUACCCUGCUCAAGUGCUACCUCCAUACGAAUGUGGCCCUGGUGGCUCCCUUGCUGCGGCUGGAGAACAAUCACUGCCACAUUGAGGAGAGUGAGCAUGUGCUGAAGAAGGCUCACAAGUACAGCGAGCUGAUAAUCCUAUAUGAAAAGAAGGGGCUCCACGAGAAAGCUCUGCAGGUGCUGGUGGACCAGUCCAAGAAAGCGAACUCUCCUCUGAAGGGCCACGAGAGGACAGUGCAGUACCUGCAGCAUCUGGGCUCAGAAAACCUGCAUUUGAUUUUUUCCUACUCCGUGUGGGUGCUGAGAGACUUCCCAGAAGAUGGCCUGAAGAUAUUUACCGAAGACCUUCCAGAGGUGGAGGCUCUACCCCGAGAUCAAGUUCUUGGCUUCUUAUUAGAGAAUUUUAAGAGUCUGGCUGUACCUUAUCUGGAGCACAUCAUCCAUUUCUGGGAAGAGACAGGCUCUCGCUUCCACAACUGCCUGAUCCAGCUGUACUGCGAGAAGGUGCAGGGGUUGAUGAAGGAGUACCUCCUGUCCUGCCCUGAAGGCAAAACCCCAGUCCCUGCUGGAGAGGAAGAGGGGGAGCUGGGAGAAUACCGGCAGAAGCUGCUCAUGUUCUUGGAGAUUUCUAGCUACUAUGAUCCAGGACGGCUUAUCUGCGAUUUUCCUUUUGAUGGCCUCUUAGAAGAGCGAGCACUCCUGCUGGGGCGCAUGGGGAAGCACGAGCAAGCUCUUUUCAUCUAUGUCCAUGUUUUGAAGGACACUAGGAUGGCAGAGGAGUACUGCCACAAACAUUAUGACCAAAGCAAAGAUGGCAACAAAGAUGUGUAUCUGUCCCUGCUUCGGAUGUACCUGUCGCCCCCCAGUAUUCACUGUCUUGGGCCAAUGAAGUUAGAGUUGUUGGAACCACAGGCCAACCUUCAGGCUGCCCUACAGGUCCUUGAGCUUCACCACAGCAAGCUGGACACCACCAAGGCCAUCAACCUUCUGCCAGCAAACACUCAGAUUAACGAUAUCCGCAUCUUUCUGGAAAAGGUGUUAGAAGAAAAUGCACAAAAGAAACGGUUCAAUCAAGUGCUCAAGAACCUCCUCCAUGCUGAGUUUCUGAGGGUGCAGGAAGAGCGGAUUCUGCACCAGCAGGUGAAGUGCAUCAUCACAGAGGAGAAGGUGUGCAUGGUGUGCAAGAAGAAGAUUGGGAACAGUGCAUUUGCAAGAUAUCCCAAUGGAGUGGUCGUGCACUACUUCUGUUCUAAAGAGGUAAAUGCAGCCGACACCUGAACCCAGCAUCUGAGCAUGCAGCAGUGGACAGCAUGGCUACACCAGAAAGGGGACGGAGCAGCCAGCCUGAGAGUCAGGGCCUGACACCACGUCACCCCGUUUGACACUACUGGCUUCCAUGUACCCUGGAGCAUCUCUGACUUAAUUAGACUCGUGGUCUGGCCUUGCCAGCUUUUUAAUAGAAAAAGAUUAGUAGUACCUUCCACCAUUGUGUUGCGGGCAGUCCCAGAGAAUUCAUACCUGCUUGGACCAGAGACCACCGUCUUGCCUUCGCGUACCACUCACCUGGGAAAGGAGACUCCUCCCAAAUGUCCGCACGCAGAGUUGUUCGCUAGAGUUCACCGAGAGCUGCUUCAGCAAGACUGCCUGGAGAGCCCUGCAGGAGGACAGAAGCAGAGCCCCUCAAGCCAUGGAGACUGUCCUAUCAGUGCUUUCUCCACGGAAACUGUACCCUUCCUACCCUGAGCACUCGAUGCUUGUCUCUUCAGUUGUCAAAAAAGUUCUCUUUUUACUUUUCACUGUUCAUUUUUCCCCACUUUAUCCUUCCUCACGGCACCACCCAGGUUCUCUUCCGCUCCAAGGAUACCAGGAUUAGCUAAUAUUUAAAUGAGUUAAAGUGAGAGGCAUGAGGGAGUCUGGGUCCCUGAGAACACACCAAAGUGGUCAGGUAUGUUGUGAUUAGGUCCCUUUGGCUGUGCACUGUCUGCCCAGAAGCUUAGAAGAGCACCCACCGUGUGCCCAGGAAGGGACCUUGGUGCCUCCCCAUGGGGGACUGGCUGGCAUGGCACAUGGUGUGUGGCCUGAGAUACAUCUUGCAGAGGUACCUGCUCCUGCCUCACUCCUUAGCUGCUUGAGCAGGCUGGUUAGCUUUGAGGAGUGGAGUUCUGUAGGUUUUGGAUGCCUUGCUCUGUUUCAGAAGCUCUGGCCCUCACUCCUGGCUUUGUUCUCUAAGGAUUGGAGAAUGGCACUGAUAAGGUGCAGGAAGGUGGAUCCUGGGCACGCUGGGAAUGGUCAGGUCAGGAACUUUUAGCAAUGUGAUGCUGAGCAUGUUUGUGAGGUAUCCAGGGAUGGCAGAGAGCAGGGGGGAUGGCAGAGAGCAGGGCAGAUGGCAGGCGGGGCCUACACUGGUCUACAUGGGAACUCACCACCAGCUCCGUGGGGCUUGUGGGGGCCCUGCCUGUCAGGUGGAGCAUGGGUGGGGCCUAGCACAACAUGCUGCACAGGAUGUACAGCCUGCACUGUCCUCCCCGAGCUUUGUGUGGACCUGCAGUCUUCCUGCCUCAAUGCCUUUAAGAGCAGUGAGGGUCGUGACGGUGCCAAACACUGAUGCUGCCCAAUAGCCUGGCCUUGACUGUACCGAAGCCUUGGUAAGCCUCACUGCCAUGCUGUGCUGUGGACUCACCCAGUGGGUGAGAGUGGAUGAGGCUGCCCUGGGCAAGCUCUUAGAGAGGUCAGAAGAGACCCAAGGGAGCACGUUCAUAGCUGUGGGGGCCUGCUCAGGUCUGCAAGCCCUGUGGAACAGCACCACAGCUACCUGUGAGAAGCAGCAGACCAAGUUUCCUCCAUGGAGUCCCUGGGGACCCCACUUUGGGGCUGGAACUUCCCUGUCAUGCAAGCCCUGCCUUCCUGGCUGCUGUGCUGUAGCUUCUGUUUUCAUGACCUGUGUGUGACACAAUAGAGUGUGUUCUCUUUCCAGCCCACUUCUCCAGGCUCCACUCUUCCUUUCCUGGAGACCUGGAGAAGCUGGAGACAGCCAUGUCAUAGCAGCACUAAUGGAGCUCUCAUAACUCUCAAAUAAACAUUACCAAGAA